AGAUAAUUGAUAAAAUCGAUUUGUUAUUUAUAGAUAUUUCUGUUUAUGGGUUUAAUUUAAACAAGUUAGCUAUGGUCAAUAUUACAAUCAACCAAGAUGAUCUUCCACUCAGUCUGUUGUUGAUAUUGGAACAUACGCGAGAUGUGGUGGAUGUCAAGUUAGAAGAUGGAAAAGAAACUUCUCUUCAACUUCAGCAAAUUAAAUUGUCCGGUGACCUCCAAGUUGCGAGGUAUGUUGCCCGACUUGCUGCGAGCAAAAAUGAAAACAUGGUUUUGUUGGUUGGCUCGUGUGCUGUCUCCGCGACAGAAGUUGACCACUGGGUGGGGUUUGCAGCUUCAGGAGCGCUGCAGCGGCAAAAUGACGGCGAAUUUAUUGACGCAUUGAGUUCUUUGGAUUCUGCUUUGAGUCUACGAACAUUUCUUGUUGGAAGUCAAAUCUCGUUUGCUGAUAUGGUUGUGUGGGCAGUUUUAAGAGGUUGUAACAAAUGGUUGGAUUCAGAAUCAAAUGGAACUUCAAAGACAAAAUAUGUCAACAUCAGCAGAUGGUUCAACUUCUUAUACAAUCUGCCCCAGUUCCAAAAAGUUAAUGCAAAACUCCCAAGCAAUAGUUUAAAGAAAGUUGCAAUGAACACGAACAACAACAACAAGCAAAAAGAUGAAGGAAAAUAUAUUGAUCUUCCUGGAGCAGAGAUGGGAAAGGUGGUGACGAGGUUUCCUCCGGAAGCAAGCGGUUUUCUUCAUAUUGGUCACGCCAAGGCGGCUCUGCUAAACCAGUUUUACCAGAUCGCAUUCAAGGGUAAACUUAUCAUGAGAUUUGAUGAUACGAACCCAGCCAAAGAAAAUGAAGAUUUUGAGAAGGUGAUCCUUGAGGAUGUGAAGAUGUUGGGAUUGGAGCCGGAUGUCUUCACGUUCACCUCCGAUCAUUUCCAACGAAUCUUCGACGCUUGUGAAGCUCUCAUCCGAUCCAGUGAUGCGUUCGCGGAUGACACGGAUGGAGAGAAAAUGAGAUCCGAGAGAGAGUCGAGGCAAGAGUCGGCAAAUAGGAACAAUUCUGUGGAGAAGAACUUGAAGAUGUGGAAUGAGAUGGUGGCGGGAACGGAGUACGGGAAGAGCUGUUGCAUCCGAGCCAAGAUGGAUCCUUCAUCCGAUAACGGAUGUUUGAGAGAUCCAGUGAUGUAUAGAUGGAAGGAAGAGCCUCAUCCAAAAACUGGUCGGAAGUUUCAGGUUUUUCCCACUUACGACUUUGCGUGCCCCAUAGUAGACAGUGUGGAGGGGGUGACCCACACGUUACGCACCACCGAGUACCACGAUCGGGACCCACAGUAUUAUUGGUUCAUCGAAAAGCUUGGUCUUCGUAAACCCUACAUAUGGGAGUACAGUCGUCUGAAUCUGCAACACACAGUUCUUAGUAAGAGGAAACUAACGUGGUUCGUUCAAAGUGGUAUGGUAGAUGGUUGGGAUGAUCCUCGCUUCCCAACAGUUCGUGGCAUCAUCCGUAGAGGUAUGACUGUCGAGGGAUUGAAAAACUUUAUCGUUUCUCAAGGAUCGUCCAAAGCCAUCGUCACCAUGGAAUGGGACAAAAUAUGGGCUUUCAAUAAAAAGGUGAUAGAUCCGGUUGCACCGAGAUACACAGCUUUGUUGAAAUCUUCAUCUGUCCUCGUUAAUGUGGUUGAUGCAAAGGAGGUGAAAGCAGAUGCUGCAAAACACCCCAAGAACCCUGACAUUGGGAAGAAGCCCGUGUGGUACGGCCCUCGUGUGUUGAUCGAACGUGAAGAUGCUGAGUCAUUUGUUGUUGGCAAUGACGUGACGUUUAUCAACUGGGGAAAUCUCACUAUCACUAAUAUUUUAAAGGAUGAAAAUGGAAAAAUCACUUCAAUUGGUGCAAAACUGAACCUGGAAAAUCGUGAUUAUAAAAAAACUCAGAAAGUGACGUGGUUGGCCGAGUCCGAGAAAGCUCCCCCCAUACCCACAGUGUGCGUUACAUUUGACCAUAUUAUCACCAAACCUGUUCUCUCUAAGGAUGAUAACUUUAAAGAUUUUAUCAACAAAAAUACCAGGAAAGAAGACAUCAUGAUUGGAGAACCAUGCAUGGUGGACUUAAAACAAGGUGAUAUUAUUCAACUACAAAGGAAAGGUUUCUACAGAUGCGAUCAACCUUACCAACCACCAAGCGUUCAUUCAUGUAAAGCUGCGCCCUGCUUGCUUUUCCAUAUUCCUGAUGGACACACAAAAGAAAUGCCAAAAUCUGGAGCAAAAUCUGACAAUAAGAAGAAAGUUAAAGGAGGAAGCUCGCAGGCGCAAACAUCUUCGAAAAAGAAACAAAAAUCCGCACCUGAACCUGUAGUGAGUGCGGCAAACUCUGAAGAAGUGAAAUUGUUGUUCGAUCAAGUCACUGCUCAGGGGAAUAAAGUUCGAGAGUUAAAGACUGCAAAAGCAAGCAAGGACGAGGUUGACGCUGCUGUUAAAGAACUCCUAAGUUUGAAAGCAGAUUACAAAUCGAAGAGUGGUGUCGAUUAUAAACCUGUCUCUACUGCCUCUGGUGGUAGCAAACCAAAAAAACAAGAAAGCAAAACAAUGGAAAAAUCCACUAACCAAGGUGACGCUCCAGCGAUUUCUGAGGAACAAUUGAAAUUUCAUGCUCUAGUGACCGAGCAAGGAGGAAAAGUUCGGAAGUUGAAGUCCGAGGGAGCUUCCAAGGAUGCGGUGCAAGCGGAAGUCCAGCAACUUCUAAAACUUAAAGCCGAUUUCAAAGAAAAAUUUGGCAUCGAAUAUAAACCAUUGAAUGAUGCCAACCCGAAAAAAUCUGGAAAGAAGGAGAAAAAAGAGAAACCUAAACCAAAAGAGAAAAAAGAAGAAGAGAAAGUUGGAGAUGGGAGAACUGUUAUCAAACAGUCAAGGCUUGGUUUGGAAGCAACAAAACUGGGAGAUCUUCCCAACUGGUAUAGUCAGGUCAUCACGAAAGCUGAGAUGGUUGAAUAUUAUGAUAUCAGUGGUUGUUAUAUAUUACGACCCUGGUCCUAUGGGAUUUGGGAGAAAAUUAAGGAAUUUUUCGACGCCGAAAUAAAGAAACUUGGAGUUGAGAAUUCCUAUUUUCCCAUCUUUGUAUCGCAAGCUGCUUUGGAGCGGGAAAAGAAUCAUAUUGAUGAUUUUGCUCCUGAGGUGGCUUGGGUGACAAAAUCGGGAGAAACUGAACUUCAAGAACCGAUCGCUGUUCGACCUACGAGCGAAACAGUGAUGUACCCUGCGUAUGCAAAGUGGAUCCAAUCGCAUAGAGAUCUCCCGCUUAAAUACAACCAGUGGUGUAACAUUGUGCGCUGGGAGUUCAAACAUCCUCAACCUUUCCUUCGAACGCGAGAGUUCUUGUGGCAGGAAGGUCACACAGCAUUCGCUGAAGCCAAGGAAGCACAAGAAGAGGUUUUGCAAAUCCUGGAUUUAUACGCACAAGUUUACGAAGACCUUCUUGCUAUUCCUGUUGUUUGUGGAAGAAAAACUGACAAAGAAAAGUUUGCUGGAGGUGAUUAUACAACAACUGUGGAAGCUUUUAUAUCAGCCAGUGGAAGAGCUAUUCAGGGUGCGACAUCUCAUCAUCUCGGACAAAAUUUUUCCAAAAUGUUCGACAUAAGUUUUGAGGAUCCAAACCAGUCAGGUGAAAAAUGUUAUGCGUACCAGAACUCAUGGGGACUUACUACGCGAACAAUCGGGGUGAUGGUUAUGGUACAUGGAGAUGAUAAGGGGCUGGUACUUCCCCCAAAAGUAGCCAACUUACAGGUUGUCAUUGUUCCAUGCGGAGUUACUGCCAGUUUACCGGAAGAAGACAAGAAAGUCCUUUACUCAAAAUGUGAUGAUUAUCUUUCCAAACUCAAAUCAGUUGGAAUUCGUGCAAAAUCCGACACCAGAGAUAAUUAUUCACCUGGUUGGAAAUUUAAUCAUUGGGAGCUUAAGGGAGUUCCGAUUCGGCUUGAGGUUGGUCCUCGAGAUUUGAAGCAACAACAAUGUGUGGUUGUGUUACGUCAUGAUGGAAGGAAGAUAACGAUACCUGAUGCUGAUGUUACCACUUCCAUUGCUGAUCUAUUGGUGACCAUACAAGCGGAAAUGAAGGCAAAGGCUGUUAAAGAUUUAUCUGAAAACAUGGUGGCUGUUGAUACUUGGGAAGAAUUCUUGAAGCAACUUGACCAAGGGAAGAUUAUCCAAGCUCCUUUCUGUAUGGAAACACCUGCAGAGGAUUGGAUAAAAACCAACAGUGCAAGGGAUCAAGAUGUGGUUGUUGGUGCACCUUCCAUGGGAGCCAAAAGUUUGUGCGUUCCUUUCAAACCACUCAAGGAGUUGUCACCUGGUCAACUAUGCAUCAGUGGCAAUGGCAAGCCAGCCAAAGCUUAUUGUCUUUUUGGAAGAAGUUAUUAGAAAACUAUUUUUUUCAUAUUUUUACUUCAAAAAAUUUCCGGUGGUUGAUCAUAACAAAUUUUGGUGUUUCAUGGAAAUCAUAUUAAAUCAUUCAUGGAGAUAUCAUUUCUCUGAAAUGCAUAUAGGUUGAUGGUGAUUCUGUUUUAACUUUAAAGUCUGUAUUGUUACUUCAAAAUGCACAAAUAUAAGUAGUACAAUGAGAAUUUGUUAGUUUUCACCAACCAACAUACAAUAGUGUUGUCAUGAUAAAUUAAUGUGAAGUAGAAAAAUAUAGAAAAUUUA